GUGGCAGCUGAGCGUUAGCUUACUUUGCAUAUACUCAAUGUCAUAACAUAUAGCGACAUAGCUAUCAAGCGGUGAUACCAUCACACUGAUAACUGCAUAUCUCCGUGCGAGGCGCUGAAGACACACAGCAUGUCAGGAGCAGUGGUAGUUGGCGUCGGCAUAGCAGGCUGGGUGAGGAUCAGAGACUUGCUGGCACCGCUGCCUGGCACCGCUGCAGAGACACUCAGUAUCAAAGGAUUCAUAUCCAGGAGAGACUUGGAGCCUCAGCAGGGGGUGAAUCGGAUCUCAGUAGAAGAAGCUGUGAGCAGAGAGGACAUCCAUGUGGCUUUCAUCUGUACGGAGAAUAAGGCGCAUGAGGACGGUAUCAGGACUUUUCUGCAGGCGGGGAAGCAUGUCUGCGUGGAGUAUCCCAUGACCCUGAGCUACAAGGCUGCUGUGGAGCUCUGGGAUUUGGCCCAGCAAAAAGGAGUGAUUCUUCAUGAGGAGCACAUAGAGCUGCUGUCUGCAGAAUACAAACAGCUGAAGAAAGAGGUCGCGGGCAAACGACUGCAGGAAGGAACCCUUCAUUUUACUGGUGGCGCUCUGAAACCCGGAGCUGGUUUCUUGGGCUUCAGUGGCAUCUCACGCCUUACAUGGUUGGUUGAUUUGUUUGGUGACCUGUCAGUAACCGCAGCAACCAUAGAGGAGGAUCCCAGUAACAACUACAGCAAAAUGACUGCAAAGCUCGUAACCUCCGAUAACAGGCCUCUGACGUGGAUCGAGGAGCGGGCGCCUGGCCUUCCCAGGGCCAAGAACAUCAACUUCCACUUUGACUCGUGCACCAUGACCCAGAUGCCGUCAGCACCCAGGGAGCCCGUGGGCCUCUUCAUGCAGGACCUUGUGCUCUUCUCUGGGAAGCUAGCAGGCCACGUUCCCCCAGAGGAGCUCCACAGAGAGAAACGCAGGAUUCUUCACUGUUUAGAGCUUGCUGAGAAGAUGCAGCAACUUUGCCAAGUGGAGAAACAAAGCCUGGGUUCUCUCAGAAUUUCAAAUCACAGUGUGAGCCCACAUGUGGGAUGGUUGAAAUGUAGGUGAGUAAACACUGACACUGUUCACACAUAGGACUUGAACCCAGGACAUUUGUAUCCUCAGGUCAGGUGGCUUACACUAUGAGCCAUGGAGAAAAUGUUUUUUGUUUGCCUUUUCACAUUUUGAAUGAUCAUAUGUUGACACAGAAUGUAAGAAUGUUGCUACAAUAUUUUAUUGUGUGUAAUGCAAGUUGUCAUGUAUAUGGAAUAUUCUUUUCUUUGGUUUACUUUUUUGUUUAGCUUUUAACAUUUUAGGCUGUUCGUUGCCUAAUGUGCCUAUUUGCUUUCCUUGCUGUUGCCUCUAUCAAGGACCACAGUGGAAAUAAGUCUGGGACUGUAUCCUUGACAGAAGUUUAAGAUAUGUAAACAUCUUGCUGAUAUUGUCUAAUAAAGUCAAACUCGACUGAAACUGGCACCUAGUUUUAUGAUAUGGUUUGGACGGACGCCAGCUCUAUAUACCCUUGACUCUCAACUACCUUUUUAUUAGUUUUCUAAAA